GGCAGGAUACAGUCUCAGAUCAUCAUCCACAGACUUCUUUCAGAUGAGGCUACCGGACAGAGGCUGGAAGGGACCCUCUGGACAUGAGUUGCCUGGGUGGCGCCGCUCCUGCCCCAUCCUGCUUCCUGCAGGUGUCUGUGACAAGGGUAACACUAGACUCCUGGGUCCUGGAGGAGGCAAGGGGAGGGGUGGGGGGUGUCUCGGGCAGCUGGUGGAUCCCCGAUGUGGAGAUCGCAGAGACCUCACUCUCCCCUCCCCUCCUGCUUCCCGACCAGAAGAGCCUGGAGCCUGUGGAUGUGGUGAGCAGCCAGCAGCAGUGGGCCGGGCAGGGCUCCUCCCCUGGGCUGCUGCAAGACCCGCCUCUCUAUUCCCCAGAUAAAUUACUAGUGUCCUCAUCAAAUUCCUCGGCUUUCUCUCUCUCUCUUCCCCUGCCUCCCUCCCGGGCCAGGAGGGGGUGGGCGGGGAUCCUCUCUGAACUGCCCCAGGGCUUGGGGGGGCGCCUGCAAGCAGCUCCGGGUCUCCCCCCCACCCCCCACCAUGUCCACGGGCUCCCUGAGCGAUGGGGAGGACCUGCAGGAGGGGGAGAUGCUGGACUGCGACGGCCUGAAAAUGGAUUCUAGCAAAGAGUUUGGGGCGUCCACCGAGAGCAACGAGGAGGGCUCCACGUGCGAGCACGGCUCCCCCCCCAAGGGCCGGGGGGCGGCGGGCAAGAGGAAAAAGGCUCCCCCGAAGAAGAGCCCGCUGCACGGGGUGAGCCAGGAGGGCAAGCAGGUCCAGAGGAACGCGGCCAACGCCAGGGAGCGGGCCAGGAUGCGCGUGCUCAGCAAGGCUUUCUCCAGGCUGAAGACCACCCUGCCCUGGGUGCCCCCGGACACCAAGCUCUCCAAGCUGGACACCUUGAGGCUGGCCUCCAGCUACAUCGCGCACCUGCGGCAGAUCCUGGCCAACGACAAGUACGAGAACGGGUACAUCCACCCCGUCAACCUGACUUGGCCCUUUAUGGUGGCAGGCAAACCGGAGAGUGAGCUGAAAGAAGUGGUGAACACAAAUCGCUUGUGCGGACCUACAGCAUCCUGACCACCCGCCAGCAGAGGAGCCAGCCUUCAAUGCGCGUGCUGGGGGCGGAGGGGGGCCAGCAGGAGAAAGGUGGGGACCACCCCCACCCCACCCAGGGACACCGCCAAGCGACCCGAAGAGCCGAGCGCAUCGCCCCGAGGGGACCAAAUGUACCUUAGCAAAGACUCCACCCCAAAGACUCCCCCGCCCCCGGUAUAUUUAACUUUAUUAACGUCUGUACAGUCGAUCGUCCUGCAACGCAGCCUUGCUGGUUCGAGUGCCAGCGUUGUGUGCGAGAUCCCUCCGUCCACCCCCCAGCCUGCCCGCCUGUCUCUUCUUUUGUACGAUACUUGUGACAUAUGUAGAUGCCUAGAAUACUGGACUUUGAUAGUCGCAGCUCUAAAUACGCGGUAAAGAUAUAUGGAUAUAUUUUCUUCAGCCAGGUCUUGCUAUAUUUCUGUGAAUAAAACCUUCCUUUCUAUAUGAAAAACACAAACCCCCCCCCACCAGCCGUGUCGUUUUCGUUUCCACCUCCCAGCGCUUUGCGGAAGGGCCCGGCUCUCCCGAAAGGCACCGCUUUUAUGUGGGCUGAGGCGUCAGGCAACAAAACUCUUUGACCCCAGGUUAGAUGAGGUGUUUAUUUUCCUAAUUAAAACGAUUU